CAGCCCCUGCCUUCACCACGCGCGCCCGUCAGUCACUGGGAUGCGCGAGACCCAGCAGCCACCGAGCAUAUAGCGCGGGAUAAAACGAAAGCUUACCAAUAAUUAAAGAUCCUUCCUUUCUUUUUGUCGAAGGAGGGUAAAGCAGAUGUUGCAUGCGGAAUGGAAUUCGAUUUUUGUUCCACAGAACCAAAGACACAAUGAGGACACAAUGAGACACAAUGAUCUCUAGGCUUAGAGAUCACUGAACAUUUGGAUCAUACGCAUUUCAGCAGCACAUUAGAGUUUUUUUGCUCUGUGAAGAAAAUAGUUAAUUUUCUCCUGAAGUGCUGGAUUGUACAACUUGUACAACUUGACAUGGCUCUUUUAGUCCACCUAAAAACGGUCCGGGACCUUCGCGGAAAGGGGGACAGAAUCGCCAAAGUCACAUUUCGAGGUCUGUCGUUCUACACACGUGUUCUGGAGAACUGUGAGGAUGAGGCCAGAUUUGAUGAGAUGUUCCGAUGGCCGAUUGCCAGUAGAGUGGAUGAAAACGAGAUGCUGGAGCUUCAAGUGUUCAACUACAGCAAAAUCUUCACCAACAGGGUCAUCGGAACCUUCCGGAUGGUUCUACAGAAGGUGGCGGAGGAGGGGCAGCUAGAGGUGACAGACACACUCAUCGAUGACAACAACACCGCCAUACGGACUAGUGUUACCGUAGACAUCAAGUACACGACCAUGGAUGGGACAGUGGGGGUGUGGAGCGAUGGGGAAUUCCUGGACGUUCCGGGCGACCCAGAGGGAACAUUCCAGUUUGAGACAGACAGCCUGCUUUCCGGACACAGCCAUGGAUCAGGAUCAGGAGUGUCUCCUGGACGAUCCAUCCACGGAAUUCCCACUUUCAGGAAAGCAGGGAAGGGGGUUUUCUCAGCCAUGAAGCUCCACAAGACCAAGAGCUCCAAAGACGACCACAAGAAAGAUGAGCCAGCCACCCUGGACAUGGAGGAUCUGGACAGGAAGGCCUUGCGUCUGGGAGGGGCCGGGGGUCUGGACCCAGACUGCAUCUCCCUGGCGUCCGUCACCGCCGUCACCACCAAUGUCUCCAACAAGAGGUCAAAGCCUGAUAUCAAGAUGGAACCUAGUUCUGGGAGGCCUGUGGAUUACCAGAUUAGCAUCACAGUGGUCGAGGCCAGGCAGCUGGUAGGCCUAAACAUGGACCCUGUGGUCUGUGUGGAGAUUGGGGAAGACAAGAAGUACACCUCCAUGAAGGAAUCCACCAACUGCCCCUACUACAAUGAGUAUUUUGUCUUUGACUUCCACGUCCCACCUGAUGUCAUGUUUGACAAGAUCCUCAAGCUCUCAGUGAUCCACUCCAAGAACCUGCUGCGGAGUGGCACCUUGGUUGGCACCUUCAAGCUAGAUGUUGGCACAGUCUACUCCCAGCCUGAGCACCAGUUCUACCACAAGUGGGCCAUGCUGUCUGACCCUGAUGACAUCACGGCGGGGUGCAAAGGUUACAUCAAGUGUGACAUCGCCGUGGUGGGGAAGGGGGACAAUAUCAAGACUCCCCACAAAGCCAACGAGACGGAUGAAGACGACAUAGAGGGGAACCUCCUGCUUCCAGAGGGAGUUCCGUUGGAGAGGCAGUGGGCGCGGUUCUACGUGAAGAUCUACCGAGCAGAGGGCCUUCCCAAGAUGAACACCAGCAUCAUGGCCAAUGUGAAGAAGGCCUUCAUAGGGGAGAACAGAGACCUGGUGGACCCCUACGUACAAGUGGUCUUCGCUGGACAGAGAGGGAAGACGUCUGUCCAGAAGAGCAGUUAUGAGCCCAUCUGGAACGAGCAGGUGGUCUUCACUGAGAUGUUUCCUCCGCUCUGCAAACGCAUCAAGGUCCAGAUACGAGACUCUGACAAAGUCAACGACGUUGCCAUAGGAACGCACUUCAUUGACCUGCGAAAGAUCGCCAACGAUGGUGACAAAGGGUUCCUCCCCACCAUGGGCCCAGCCUGGGUCAACAUGUAUGGCUCAACCCGCCACUACACUCUGAUUGAUGAGCACCAGGACCUGAAUGAGGGGCUGGGGGAAGGUGUGUCCUUCAGGGCCCGCCUCCUCAUCUCAGUUGCCGUAGAGAUCCUGGACACCACCUCCACUGAGAUUGUGAGCUCCACCGAGGUGCAGGUAGAGCCUGUCUCCAACAUCUCAGAGAGUGCCACAGGGAAAAUAGAGGAAUUCUUCCUAUUUGGUUCCUUCCUGGAGGCCACCAUGAUCGACAGGAAGAUCGGCGAUAAGCCAAUCAGCUUCGAGGUCACAAUAGGUAACUACGGCAACCAAAUAGAUGGAGUAAGCAAGCCCACUGCAGCUAAGAAGAAGAAGAAGAAAGAGGGAGAAGAGAGUGAUGAGGAAGAGUCAGAGCUGAUCCAGCAGAACUCCAGUGAGGACGAGGCGGAUGAUGAUGAGGACCUGGUGUCUGUGUCCUCCACCCCUCCCAUGAAACCUGUCAUCACAGACAGGAACUACUUCCACCUGCCCUACUUUGAGAAGAAGCCGUGUAUCUACAUCAAGAGCUGGUGGCAGGACCAGAGGAGACGACUCUACAACUCCAACAUCAUGGACAAGAUCGCUGACAAAAUGGAGGAGGGUCUGAAUGACGUGCAGGAGGUCAUUAAGACAGAGAAGGCCUAUCCAGAGCGCAGACUCCGAGGGGUGCUGGAGGAACUCAGCACUGGCUGCAAUCGUUUCGUCACUUUGGCCAACAAAGACCAGAACCAGGCAGGCAGAACUAAACUGGACAAAGAGAGACUCAAGUCCUGCAUGAGAGAAAUGGAGAGCAUGGGGCAGCAGGCCAAGCUGAUUCGCUCCCAGGUGAAGAGGAACACGGUUAGAGACAAAUUGAAGAUGGUUCAGAACUUCCUGCACAGGCUCCGUUUCCUUGCCGACGAGCCCCAGCACAGUAUCCCAGACGUGUUUGUAUGGAUGAUGAGUAACAACAAGCGUAUCGCCUAUGCCCGCAUCCCCUCUAAAGACAUCCUCUACUCCAUCGUAGACGAGGAGACAGGCAAGGACUGUGGCAAGGUCAAAGCUGUCUUCCUCAGGCUGCCUGGUAAGAAGGGGUUUGGUCCAGCGGGUUGGACAGUGCAGGCUAAGAUGGAGAUGUACCUGUGGCUGGGCCUCAACAAACAGAGGAAGGACUUCCUGUCUGGCCUGCCCAACGGCUUUGAAGAGAGCAAGGCUCCCAGGACAAGCCCCUGUCUGCAGUCUGUACCCCCCGUCAGUCUGGUUUACAACAUGAAGCAGGUGUUCCAGCUGAGGGCUCACAUGUACCAGGCCAGGAGUCUGUUUGCUGCAGACAGCAGUGGCUUGUCAGACCCCUUUGCCAGGGUAUUCUUCUCCACACAUAGCCAGGUCACUGAGGUCCUGAGUGAGACUCUGUGCCCUACGUGGGACCAGCUGCUAGUGUUUGAUGAUGUUGAGCUGUUUGGGGAGGCCGGCGAGCUACGAGACGACCCACCUAUCAUUGUGGUAGAGGUCUACGACCAGGACACUGUGGGCAAGGCAGAGUUCAUUGGUCGGACGUUUGCUAAGCCCAUCACUAAGAUGUGUGACGAGCACUACGGUCCCCCGAGGUUCCCCCCACAGCUAGAGUACUAUCAGAUCUACCGUGGUAACUCUACUGCCGGUGACCUACUGGCUGCCUUCGAGCUGCUGCAGAUUCCCUAUGACGAUGAGGAGAUCAGGAGGGCUCUGAUUGCUGUCCAUGACUUUGCUGUACCUCAGAUUAAGAUUGGACAAGGGGGGAGGGCAGAGCUUCCUCCCAUCGAUGGUCCGACAGACUCAGAACGUGGACCCAUCCUCCCUGUACCCAUGGGCAUCCGACCUAUCCUCAGCCGCUACCGCAUAGAGGUUCUGUUCUGGGGCCUGAGGGACCUGAAGAGGGUGAAUUUGGCCCAGGUGGACAGACCCAGGGUGGACAUAGAGUGUGCAGGGAGAGGAGUCCAGUCUGCUCUCAUUCAGAACUACAAGAAGAACCCCAACUUCAGCACCCUCGUCAAGUGGUUUGAGGUGGACCUGCCAGAGAAUGAGCUGCUUCACCCUCCUCUGAACGUCCGGGUGGUGGACUGCAGAGCGUUUGGCCGCUACACUCUGGUGGGUUCCCAUGCCGUCACCAGCCUGCGACGCUUCAUCUACAGCCCCCCAGACAAGACACACAACAACUGGGCCAGCGCAGCUAGACUGAUGAAUGGCUACAUGGUCCUGACAAACUGGGGGUCCCAAUCUCGCCCCUGCUCCCCUUACUCCCGCACCCCACCCCGCACCCUCUCUCGCCCCGCAGGUGAUGUCACAGUCAACAUGGAUGCCGACCCCUCAGUCAGGAAGAUGGACACGGUGGUCAAGUUAGACGCUACGUCUGAUGCAGUUGUUAAAGUUGAUGUGAACGAGGAGAAAGAAGAAAAGAAGAAGAAGAAGAAGAAGAAGAAGGGAGAGGUGGAGGAGGACGAUGAGACAGAUGAGAGCAUGCUGGACUGGUGGUCCAAAUAUUUUGCUUCCAUAGAGACACUGAUGGAGAUCCUCAGGGCUCAGGAGGCAGCUCUGGCCGAAGCAGAGGAGAGGGAGGACCAGGAGAUAGCAGCAGAGGGAGCAGAUAUCAAACCUGAUGACCUCCCUGUAAAAGGCUCCAAGGGGAAGGAGAAGAGCAGAGACAAGAGCAGGAACAAGGAGAAGAAGAAGAGCCACCAUGCCGGAGAGGGGACAGAGAAACACUCCAGCAAACCCAAAGUGGACGAGCUGCUGGUGUACAACAAGGAGCUGGAGGCAGAGUAUGAUAACUUUGAGGACUGGCUCCACACCUUCAACCUGUACAGAGGGAAGGCAGGGGACGACGAUGAAGCAGCCCUGGAUGACGACAGGAUCGUGGGCAGAUUCAAGGGCUCCAUGUGCAUGUACAAGUUGCCUCUGUCUGAGGAGAUCACCCGGGAGGUGGGCUUUGACCCUAACAUGGGCAUGUUCCAGAGCAUUCCACACAAUGACCCUAUCAACGUGCUUGUGCGCAUCUUCGUAGUCAGGGCCACAGACCUCCACCCUGCUGAUGUCAAUGGGAAAGCGGACCCCUACGUUGUCAUCAAACUGGGCAAGUCAGAGCUGAAGGAUAAAGAGAACUAUAUCUCCAAACAGCUCAACCCUGUCUUUGGCAAAGCGUUUGACAUGGAAGCUACAUUCCCCAUGGAAUCCAUGUUGACCGUGUCAGUGUAUGACUGGGAUCUGGUGGGCACUGAUGACCUCAUCGGGGAGACCAAGAUCGACCUGGAGAACCGCUUCUACAGCAAACACAGAGCUACCUGUGGCAUCGCUAACAGCUACUCUGUACAUGGUUACAACGUGUGGCGUGACCCCAUGAAGCCAAGCCAGAUCCUGGCCAAGCUGUGUAAGGAGGGCAAGCUGGACGGCCCCCACUACGGCCCCGGGGGCAGGGUCAAGGUCGCCAACCGCGUCUUCAUGGGUGCCACAGAGAUCGAGGAUGAGAAUGGUCUGAAGAAGCAGACAGACGAGCACCUGGCCCUGACGGUGCUGAAGCACUGGGAGGAGAUCCCCAGGGUGGGCUGUAAACUCAUCCCAGAACACGUCGAGACAAGACCCCUACUCAACCCUGACCACCCUGGCAUUGAACAGGGGCGGAUUGAGAUGUGGGUAGACAUGUUCCCCAUGGACAUGCCAGCACCUGGACCCGCCAUCGACAUAUCACCACGUAAACCAAAGAAAUAUGAGCUCAGGGUGAUUAUAUGGAAUACAGACGAAGUAAUACUGGAGGACGAUGAUUACUUCACUGGGGAAAAGUCCAGUGACAUAUUUGUCAGGGGCUGGCUGAAGGGUCAGCAGGAGGACAAGCAGGACACAGACGUCCACUACCACUCUCUGACGGGCGAGGGAAAUUUCAACUGGCGCUUCGUGUUCCCCUUCGACUACCUGAUGGCUGAGGAGAAGAUUGUCAUCUCCAAGAAGGAGUCCAUGUUCUCCUGGGACGAGACCGAGUACAAGAUCCCUGCACGCCUCACCCUGCAGGUCUGGGACGCUGACCACUUCUCCGCUGAUGACUUCCUAGGUGCGAUAGAGCUGGACCUGAACAGGUUUCCCCGCGGGGCGAAGACAGCCAAGCAGUGUUCUAUAAACAUGGUCCAGAACCAGGCAGAGCUGCCCUGCAUCUCCAUCUUCAAACAGAAGAGAGUCAAGGGCUGGUGGCCAUUCGUGGCCCGCGACGAGAACGACGAGAUGGAACUCACGGGUAAAGUGGAGGCGGAGCUUCAUCUCAUGUCGGCAGAGGAGGCGGAGAAAAGUCCUGUUGGUCUGGGACGCAAUGAGCCUGACCCUCUGGAGAAACCAAAUCGCCCGGACACCAGUCUCAUGUGGUUUGUGAACCCCCUGAAGUCCAUCCGCUACUUCAUCUGGCACAACUACCGCUGGCUGAUCCUCAAGGCCCUGGGCCUGCUGCUGCUGCUGCUCCUGUUGGGUCUAUUCCUCUACUCCUUCCCUGGCUACCUGGUCAAGAAGAUGCUGGGGGCCUGAGGGGGCUGAGACCUACCAGGGCCACUGGUGGCCCCCUCUCUCUUCUCCUAUCCUACCGUUUCCUCUCCUGUUCCUUCUUUUCUGUCACUUUCUCUUUAUCAUUCACACCCUCUGGUCCUCUCCUUUUCUCUGUCUGGUCCUCUCUCUGGUCCUUUCCAGUUCUCUGUCUGGUCCUCUCCUUUUCUCUGUCUGGUCCUCUCUCUGGUCCUCUCCAGUUCACUCCUCUGUUCCUCCUUUUCACUGAUCCCAUAUCUGUCUAUCCCUUUCCUCCCAUCUCCUGCGGUAUCUGUCACUCAAUGGAUGUUAUCACAUCUUCUCCUCUUUCUACCACCUUCCUUUUCUAUAACCUCUUUCUUCUAUCCCUCAACCUCUUUCAUCUCUUGUCCUCUUUCUUUUCAGGUCCUAUUUUCCACAUCUCAGGUCUGUCUCUCAAUCUUUGUAUUUUCUCAGAUAGACAAAGAUUGUGUCUGGUACCUAUUCCUCUGCUUUGUUUCCUGCUCCUCCCUGUCUUAGUCUCCUUUCCUGUGAUGUCUCUUGUCUCUCAACCUGUCAAUGUCUUGUGUCAAUCAUGAGUCUGCCGUUGUGCAGAACACCGUCAUUACACUGGAGACGUAUUAUAUGCAGCGCAAAACUUUUCCCUAUAAAUGUACAGCAUUAUACUGGCACCAGAGUUGCUAGCAGACUAAACCACUCCAUGGUGAACUUCACCAACAGAGUGGAUCAGAGACCAGGCUUUGUGGAAUAUCUAGCUCCGACUACAUCGAUUCACUCAAGGUCAAUGCUUUAAAAAAAAAUGUAAAAAAUGAAAUGCCUACCUGGUACCUAUGUUUGUCUUCUGUAGUUACGUGCAUUUCUAUGUUGAAAUCCAUACUUUUUCAAAUACAACCACCGACUUUUUGCUCGUUUCUGUUUCUCAGAUGGCAACUUAGCGUGAAUGCUCAUGUGCCAAUUGAAUCUCCGAUGACGUAGACCUAGGUCUCCAAACACUCAUUGUACAAUCAAAUCACACAAUCUACAGAUGGUGUGUCGACCAAUCAAAUCACACAAUCUACAGAUGGUGUGUCGACCAUUAAAAUCACACAAUCUACAGAUGGUAAUUUUCCUUACUGUAAAACAUGUUACAGCAUACAGCAUCCCUGCUGUAAAUUGGAUGCUGUAAUGUUUUACAGUAAGGAAAAUAGUACUGUGAAAUAUAUAACUGCAUCUCUGCUGUACAGCAACAUUACAGUAUUAAGCUGGCAACUCUGGUGCCAGGAUAAUGCUGUAAAUUUACAGUGAAAUUCUCCCUGAAAUCUGAAUUUAAGAAAAAACAUAAAAUACAUUUAUUCAAGUUGUUAACAACAUUAACUACAAAUCAACAAUAAGGGCUGUAAUUAUAUGGGCAGCAGGUAGCCUAUUGGUUAAGAGCAUUGGGCCAGUAACCAUAAGGUCACUGGUUCAAAUCCCUGAGCCAAAUAGGUGGAAAAAACGAUCGAUGUGCCCUUGAGCAAGUCACUUAAACCUAAUUGUUCCUGUAAGUCACUAUGUGAGUGUCAAAAAAAUCAUCAUCCCAUUUUAUGUCUUCAUUGUCUGAGGAAUAUAUCUGUGCUUAGCUGACUGUGCAAUGGUCUUUUGGUUAAUACAAAUAAUGUAGUUAUUUCAUAAACAAGGUUGUUUGCAUAGUAGUGUAUGGAGAUAUGUGAUCCAUUGGAAAUAGUCAUACAUCAUAUAUGGCUUACUAACCACUAACACUGGCUCUCGUCUUUUUUAUCCUCCACCUCUGGCCCCCUUAUCACCGUUUCCUCACCCCACCCACUAUCUUCCCUUUAACCUACUCACCCCUCUGUCCCCCACCUCUACCUCUCACACAACUGCCCUCCAUCUACCCCAUAUCCUUCUCCACUCCCUUCCCUAUAUCUUCUACCCCACUAUCCCCCCCU